UCGUCAUCCUGUCCUGGGUAAGUACACGGUGCGACACCACCCUUCAUUUCAAUACGAAUUAUCAUACAUCCAUGUGUGUAUGAUGCCAUGUAUGUUUAAACUGCAAACCAGGUGAUUUAACACGGACGAGGCUGAUCCUUAAGGCUUUUCCCACACUCGACUGCUUCUGAUCUGGAUUUUUCUCUGUAGCUUUAUUUAUUUAUUUUGCAGAAAUGUAUAUUAAAAAUGUGCAUUUAUAACAGCAGGCAUCGUUGACGCUUGCAAUGCCACAUGAUUUCCACAUGAUGUCGACAGAGGACACAUCUUAAUCUGAACAGGAAGUGAACAGACACACACACACACUUUGUGAAUAGAGUGUCUUAUUCUGACAGUGUGUUCAGCCGGAAGUGUUGUUGUCACUAUCAUUUUUUUCCCCCACCAACUGAGUUGUUGCGACUGCAAAAGUUGGAGGAAACAUGGCUACGAGGAAACAAGGAGACAAUUUGUGCUUCUAUAUCAACGGGAAAAAGGUAACAGAGAACCAUGCAGACCCUGAAAUGACGCUGUUACCCUUUCUCAGGGAGAAAUUGAGGUUAACCGGCACCAAGUAUGGCUGUGGAGGUGGAGGCUGCGGGGCGUGCACGAUUAUGGUGUCCCGCUAUCAACCUGCCACCAAAACCAUCAGACAUUUCUCUGCCAACGCCUGCCUCCUGCCGCUCUGUCAGCUCCAUGGAGCUGCGGUCAUCACAGUGGAGGGCAUCGGCAGCACCAAGACCAGGAUCCACCCUGUGCAGGAGCGGAUAGCGAAGGCUCACGGCUCGCAAUGUGGCUUCUGCACUCCUGGAAUGGUGAUGUCCAUGUACACUCUGCUGAGGAACCGACCUCAGCCCACCAUGGAGGACAUCACGCAGGCUCUGGCUGGUAAUCUGUGUCGCUGCACUGGGUAUCGACCAAUUAUCGACGGCUGCAAGACUUUCUGUCAGGAAGCCAACUGUUGCCAAACCAAUGGAGUCAGAGACUGUUGCCUCAACGGAGAGAAAAAUAUCAAUGAACCUGAGCAGGAAAAGCCACAGUUGUUUAACAAAGAAGGGUUUCUGCCUCUGGAUUCCACGCAGGAGCUGAUCUUCCCUCCUGAACUGAUUCUGAUGGCAGAGACGGCAAACCCAGAGACACUCACCUUCCACGGGGAGAGGAUGACCUGGGUUCUCCCCACCUCACUGGAGGAGCUGGUCCAGCUGAAGACCAGUAACCCUAAUGCUCCACUUGUCAUGGGCAACACUAACAUAGGUCCAGACAUGAAGUUCAAAGGUGUCCUGCAUCCACUGAUAAUAUCUCCAGGCAGAGUUAUGGAGCUGUUUGAGGUCACUCAGACACCACAGGGUGUUUGGUUCGGAGCCGGCUGGAGUCUCUCUGAGGUUCAGUCUCUUCUGGAGGAUCUGGUUCCUCAGUUUCCAGAGACAAAGACCGAACUCUUCAAGGCCCUGAUCCAGCAGCUGAGGAACCUGGCAAGCCAGCAGAUCCGUAACGUUGCUUCUCUUGGAGGAAACAUCAUGAGUGCGUACCCUAAUUCAGACCUGAACCCCAUUUUGGCUGCUGGGAAAUGCAAACUUAGCGUCUUUUCCAGCGGAGGAAAACGAGAGGUGGUCCUGAAUCAGGACUUCUUUGUGAGCUUUGGGAAAACCGUCCUGAAACCGGAAGAGAUCGUUGUCUCUGUUUUCAUUCCCUUCUCCAGAAAGGGGGAGUUUGUCCGAGCUUUCCGUCAGGCUCCGAGGAAGGAGAGCGCCUUUGCCACUGUGACGACCGGGAUGCGCGUGCUCUUCUCCGAGGGAUCCAGAGUCGUGGAGGACGUCAGUAUUUACUACGGAGGAAUGGGACCGACCACUGUGUGUGCUGCCAAAACCUGCGCAGCCCUCAUUGCCAAGCCAUGGAACGAUGACACUCUCAGCCCGGUCUAUGACAUCCUCCUGGAAGAGUUGACACUGCCUCCUUCAGCUCCAGGAGGAAAAGUAGAGUUCCGGCAGUCGUUGACUCUCAGCUUCCUCUUCAAGUUUUACCUGGAGAUCCUGCAGAAGCUCAGAGAAAUGAAUGUGAUCACAGACGAGCUUCUUGAGAAGAUGCCGAUCCAACCUUUACCCAGAGAGAUCCAACCCGGCCUGCACGAAUUUCAGAAUGUGUCAAAGGACCAGAGCAACCAGGACCCAGUGGGACGUCCCAUCAUGCAUCGCUCUGCCAUCAGCCAGGCCACAGGUGAAGCCGUCUACUGUGACGACAUCCCCAGAACAGAGGGGGAGCUCUUCCUGGCUCUGGUCACCAGCUCUCGAGCACACGCUAAGAUCACGGGUCUGGACGUGAGCGAAGCUCUGCAGGUUCCUGGUGUCGUCGACGUGGUCACAGCUGGAGAUAUUCCUGGAAAGAAAGUUCGAACCCUGGAAGGUUAUGAUGAGGAGCUGCUUGCUGAGAAAGAGGUGUCCUGCGUUGGUCAGAUGAUAUGUGCGGUGCUCGCUGAUACCAGAGCGCACGCCAAACGAGCCGCAGCAGCUGUGAAAAUCAGCUAUGAAGAUUUGCCAGAGCCUGUUUUCACCAUAGAGGAAGCUGUUGAGAAGUCGUCUUUCUUUGAGCCUCGGAGGACGAUUGAGAGAGGAAACGUAACCGAGGCUUUUAAAAGUGUUGAUCAGACGUUUGAAGGCGAGGUUCGAAUAGGUGGGCAGGAGCAUUUCUACAUGGAGACUCAGUCUAUGCUGGUUGUUCCUGUUGGAGAGGAGGCGGAGUUUAAUGUUUACAUCUCCACUCAGUGGCCGACUUUUACUCAGACGGCAGUAGCAGAGACGCUGGACAUCCCGUCCAACAGAGUCACCUGUCACACCAAGAGGAUCGGUGGAGCGUUCGGAGGGAAGGUCACCAAAACAGCCAUUCUGGCUUGUAUCACCUCUGUGGCUGCGUGGAAGACCAAUCGAGCAGUCCGCUGUGUUCUGGACAGAGGUGAGGACAUGCUGAUUACAGGAGCUCGUCACCCUGUCCUGGGAAAGUACAAGGUUGGCUUCAUGAAUGAUGGAAGGAUCGUGGCUGCAGAUCUCCAGUACUACACCAAUGCUGGGAACACGGUGGAUGAAUCGACUCUGGUGGUUGAGAAGAUCCUGCUCCACAUGGACAACGCUUACAAUAUCCCCAACCUCCGAGGUCGUGGUGCUGCCUGCAGGACAAACCUGCCCUCCAACACUGCUUUCAGGGGCUUUGGUGUGCCGCAGAGCAUCUUUGUCGUGGAGAACAUGAUCAACGAUGUGGCCAUGGUGUUGGGACGCCCUGCAGACCAGAUUCGGGAGACCAACAUGUACAAGGGGCUUUCACUCACUCAUUACAAGUUUGAGUUCAGCGCAGAGAACAUGCUGCGUUGCUGGGAGCAGUGUAAGGCCAAGUCUGACUACGACGCCCGCCACGGAGCCAUCGAGCAGUUUAACCAGCAGAGCCGCUGGAAGAAGAGGGGGAUUUCCAUCAUCCCCAUUAAAUAUGGCAUUGGGUUUUCUGUGAGCUUCUUGAAUCAGGCUGCGGCUCUGGUCCACAUCUAUAAAGACGGAUCCGUCCUGGUGACUCACGGCGGGACAGAGAUGGGUCAGGGAAUCCACACGAAAAUGCAGCAGGUUGCAAGUCGGGAGCUUCAUAUUCCAGCCUCUAAGAUUCACAUCAGUGAAACCAGCACCAACACUGUUCCCAACAGCUGCCCCUCUGCUGCUUCCUUUGGCACUGACAGCAACGGCAUGGCCGUCAAGAAUGCCUGCCAGAUUCUGUACCAGCGCCUGGAGCCAAUCAGGGAGAAGAACCCCAAAGGACCAUGGGAAAGCUGGAUCCAAGAAGCCUUUUUUGAGAAAAUCAGUUUAUCAGCGACUGGAUUCUCCAGAGGUCCAGACACUUACAUGGACUGGGACAAGAUGGAGGGCCUGCCUUUUGCAUACUUCAUGUUUGGAGCAUGUUGCUGUGAGGUGGAGCUGGACUGUCUCACAGGAGACUACAGGACUUUGAGGACAGACAUUGUGGCCGACAAUGGCAGGAGUGUCAACCCCUCUGUGGACAUUGGACAGAUUGAAGGAGCUUUCAUGCAGGGUUUGGGUCUCUACACCAUGGAGGAGCUGAAGUUUUCCCCCACUGGGCUCCUGUAUACUCGAGGUCCCUCUCAGUAUAAGAUCCCCGCCGUUUGCGAUUUGCCGCUUGAAUUCAAUGUCUAUCUGCUGCCCGACUCGGACAACCCGCACGCCAUCUACUCCUCAAAGGGCAUGGGGGAACCCGUUCUUUUCCUGGGCAGUUCAGUGUUUUUCGCCAUCAAAGACGCCGUGGCUGCAGCUCGCUCAGAGUCCGGUCUCGUCGGACCAUUUUCCCUGGACAGCCCUUCGACACCAGAGAGGGCGUGUCUGGCCUGUGCAUCCGUGUUCACACAGAAGAUACCAGCAAGCAAACCAGGAUCAUUCAAACCAUGGGCAUUAAACAUCUAAAACUGGGAAGGACGAAGUGAGAAUUAAAUGAAGCUUACAGCAAUUACGUUAUCUGAAGAAAUCACGUUUAAUAGAAUAUCAUAAUCGUCAUGUCAAAUUAAGGCAUUGUUUAUGUAGUUGUCUUAAUGCGUCACUGUUUUAACAAGAGGAUCGAUAAUUAGAGACCCUUGUGGACGGAGGAUGAGCACACGUGGAUGAACCAUGGAGUCACAGUCUCAUCCACUGGACACAAGGUCUGCGAGAGCAACAGGAUAUACUGUAAAUGUUAUGUUUAUCAGGUCACCAACGGGGUCAGGAGUUCAAAGAAUGGACGCUGGAGUGCUGGAUCAAAAGAAAAAUUAGGAAAUGUGAUUUUUAUUCAAGGCAAAUAUUUGAUGUCAGAGUUCAAGAAGUGUAUGGUUAUUGGUAUAAAAUGUCAUUUAACCAUCGUUUUUAUUCCAGGUUUAACAGAAUUGUUUUUAUUGCUUGUUAUUAAAUGAGAAAAGCAUCAAUUAAAGUUUUAGAAUAGGCCAAUAA